AGUCUUUAGGACCCAAUUUCUAAAACCCGACGAAUCGGAAAAAAAAAAAAAAAAAACAUUUCUGCAACUUUAUCCUUUAAUUAUUGUAUCUGCAUUUGAGUUUCUUCUCCGAUGGAAACCGCCAUAGCUUCUGUAAGUCAAGCAGCUGCUUUCGCCGGCGUAAAAACGAGGCCCUUAUCCAGUUAUUUCACCGCCGGUUCAGUUUCAGCUCUCGGGUUUUCUUCGCCGGGAAAUAAAUCUCCCGCCUUUUUCGCCCUACGCAGCCGUGUCUCCGCCGCGAGGGCUUCGGUCUCCGUCGAGGAGAAAAUCGAAACUAAGACGGCGGUGAUCAGAAUCGGUACUAGAGGAAGCCCGUUAGCCCUCGCGCAAGCUUACGAAACGAGAGCUAAGCUGAUCGAAUCGCAUCCCGACUUAGCCGAAGAAGGUGCAAUACAGAUAGUGAUAAUCAAGACCACGGGUGACAAAAUCUUGAGUCAGCCGUUAGCCGAUAUAGGCGGGAAGGGCUUGUUCACGAAAGAAAUCGACGAGGCACUUAUUAACAGUGAAAUCGAUAUAGCUGUGCAUUCAAUGAAAGAUGUUCCGACGUACCUUCCUGAAAAGACGAUUUUGCCCUGCAAUCUUCCGCGUGAGGAUGUACGGGAUGCUUUUAUUUGCUUGACCGCAGCUUCCGUGGCUGAGCUUCCUGCUGGCAGCAUUGUCGGCACUGCUUCGCUCAGACGGAAGUCGCAGCUUCUCAACCGAUAUCCAAAUCUAAGUGUACUGGAGAAUUUUCGAGGCAACGUACAAACGAGGCUGAGGAAACUAAACGAGGGGGUGGUCCAAGCAACCCUACUUGCACUAGCGGGGCUCAAACGACUAAACAUGAUCGAGACUGUAACUUCUGUACUCUCGAUUGAUGAUAUGCUUCCUGCUGUAGCUCAAGGAGCUAUUGGAAUUGCCUGUAGAAGGGAUGAUGAAAAAAUGGUUAAGUACUUAGCAUCGUUAAAUCACGAGGACACGAGAUUAGCUAUUUCAUGCGAGAGGGCUUUCCUGGAAAAACUCGAGGGAUCUUGUCGAACGCCCAUUGCUGGAUACGCUCGACGAGAUGCCGAUGGGAAUUGUAUUUUUAAAGCACUGAUAGCAUCUCCGGACGGAACCGAAGUACUGGAAACCUAUCGAGAAGGUCAAUAUGUUUACGAGGAUAUGAUGAAAAUGGGCGUAGACGCGGGCGAAGAACUUCUUACAAGAGCUGGUCCGGGUUUCUUCAACAGAUGAAGAAAGUGUUUAAAUUUGUCAUUUCAUUCAUUCUUGUUACACUAGAGUAGCUGUCUUAAUUCUUCUAUAGAGUGUAAUUUAAGGGGCUUUUUCCUCGUAAUAUUUAUCGGUUAAGUGUAAGAGAAUAUUUCCGCUAGCUAAUUCACUUAAGAGCUAUGUACGAUAAGGUGAAGAUUUUGGGUGCCCAACAAAAACUUGAACAUGUAUCUACUUAGA